AUGCAUGCAAAGAGAAAGUUCAGCGCCAACUUACCAAUACUUCAUCAAUUCUAUAUUGGUACAGAUGAUAAUCAUAUAAUUACAGAGAAUGUUUACAAUUCUACAAAUCUACCAACAAAUAUUACUGAUAAUAAUAAUAAAGAAAUAAAGCAUGUUAGUACAGUAUCCGAUGAACCAGUGAAGCCUAUUCAUAUUCAUUAUUGUAAAGAAAAACCGUCAAGAUUACAUUCACAACCAAUUGUUACAGAUUUACAUUCAUUGACAAUAACAACAAAAACACCGCCAACAACACCACCGUCACCAUCACGACCACCACCGCUGACAACAACAAAAACAACAAUGAAACACUCAUCAUCAGCAAUAGCAUCAUGUGAUAAAAAUAUUCCUUUGUCUGCAUCAAAUCAAUUAUAUUUACCUGGUCAAAUGAAUCCAUUGUCUGGAAAUGAUGAAAGCGGUAUACCUGUUGAUGAAAAUAUCAUCCCUCUACCAAAUGAUGAUGGAAAUAUUCAAUGCCAUAUUGUUGAUAAAGAACCAUUUAGUAUCACUGAAGAUUUUUUACGAGAACCAAUACCAAAUGGUGGUUGGGGUUGGCUUGUUGCCCUUGGAAGCUUUUUAUGCAUUUUUACUGUGGACGGUGUAUGCUUCUCUUAUGGUUUGCAUAUAAAUGAAAUGAUUAAAGAAGGUCAGUUUAGUGGAAAUCCUCCUCUGCUUCUGCCUCCUCCUGCCUAUCGUGUAAAUGAUACCUCUAGUCAAGUAUCUUUAGCUAUGUUAAGCUUACCAGGAGCACUGUUAUGCGGGAUAUACUUUCUAUUCGGUCCUCUUACUGGUGCAUUGGUAAAUCGAUUCGACUAUCGUAUUGUUGCAUCAGUUGGUUCAAUAAUCACCACAUUGUGCUUUCUAAUAUGUGCUUUAUUCAUACAUAAUAUAUUGACAUUCACCAUUGUCUUUGGUAUAAUUGGAGGCAUUGGCUGUAGUUUAAUCUACUUACCAGCUAUUACAGUCAUUGGACAUUGGUUUGAAGAACAUCGUGCUUUUAUUGUCGGCAUGGUAAUGUGUGGUGGAUGUUUAGGCUUUGGUUUAUUAUCAAUCAUUACACCGUGUUUAGCUGAACAUUUCACAUGGCGUGGUUGUCUUAUUCUACUCGCUGGAUUAUUUAGUCAAACAUUAGUUGGCAUUGCAUUAUUUCGUCCAGUUAGUGUAUAUGAAAAAAUUAAAUUGCUUAAAGUAUUAAAACAAUCUGAACUAAAAGAAAAAGCCAGUUUAGCCAAGAAGACAAAGUGUAAAAAGCACAAAUACCUUACAACAUCAUUUAGUAUGAUGAAAUCAUCAAAAGUUGGUGGACGUCCAGAUAAGAAAAUUGCUAUUCAACGUGGUUCUAUAAUGGCACGAAUCAUUGAAGAGAAAUCACGUCAGCGUACCACAUCAACUGGCAGUCUUGAUGGGAUGGUGAUAACACGUGAGAAUCAGCUAGUCGCUUUAUCAUCAUCAGAUGCUUAUGAAGUUGUUAUGGCGGCAGCUGCUGUAUAUAAUGCAACUACUGCUAGUCAAAAUACUACGGCGGCUAUGUUGAAUAUACACCGCGGGCAAUUAAAGUAUUGUAAUAAUAAUAAUAAUCGUAAAAAUCUACAAACGCUAACAGAAGGAUUUCCAAUGUCAUCAUUUGAACAAGCAACAUGUGAAUAUCAUAGAAAUUCACAACCUGCAUGUGUUGCAGUGCUUCCACCGCCUGUACAAUUUAGUCGUUCUGCUGUUCGACGUAUCGCCCGUGCUAUACUCCGUAAACUACAUGGACAAAACAAGCUACCAUUCUCUCCGUCAACUACAUCAAUAUCAACUAGUUCAAGACAAGUGAUCACAGCAUCGAAUCGUAAUAGUUCUACAACAACUGCAAUCGCUGGCGGUGGUGGUGCCAUUGGUGAUAGUCGUGUUGAAUCUUGUACAAAUUUUAAUAUCCCAUAUACAGAUAGUUCAAAAAAUAUACAAUAUGAUAAAUUGAAUCAAGUAUAUCGUUAUGAGUUAUUGCAUGGUUCAUUGGCAACAAAUAUUUCUCGUCGUAAACGCAGUUUACUCAUUUCAUCAUUGUAUAGUGAAUUAGCUACAAGCAUUAGAGAUAAUGAAACAUUGACUGACCUACAACAACAACAAUCGCAGCAACAGCAACAAUCACAUCAACAACAACAACCACAAAUACAACCACGUCAUUUAUCGAUUACAGUGAAUCGAUCAAUUUCACCACAAGACUCACAAAGUCGAUUGAAACCGCCAACUUCAGAUUCCCCAUCUGCUUUAACCUCAUUAAUCAGUUUAGAUUCAUAUACAAGUCAUAUUAUAGCACGUGAAUUAAAUAGUCUACUAUUGGAUAAAGGCACAAAAUUAGCUAUUAUGCAAGAUAUACAACGUGAAUUAAGUCGACCAAAAUAUCGUCCAGACUUUUUCUAUUCUGGCAACAAGCACAAAUUGCCAUUAUGUCAUGUGCCUGAAUAUACAGCCUGUAAACAAUUUCCAUGUGAUACAAAUCAUGCCUUACUGAAAGAUUUGAAAUAUAAUCAAAUUCGAUUGGCUCAAUCAACUUUUAAACGUUAUCCAAUUUUGUUACAAGAAAGAGUUGGUGGUAGUGGUGUUAGUGGAGGUUCUUUGUCUAUCGAUGACAGCGGUGGAGUUUGUGAUGGUGGUGGCGGCGGAGGCGAUGGGGUGAUUGGUUAUUCUGUUAUGAAUAAAUCGGUUAAAAUUGUGGAUCACCAUCAUCAUCACCAUCGUCAUCCUGAAAGGCGUAUUCUUCUCAAUAGGCAUCAGCUACAACAGCACCAGCAUGGAACUAUAAAGCAUAUUACAGAUGUAAAGAAUAUAAUUGAUGCACCAAGAACCAAUGAAUUAUUGGCUUAUUUAAUCGAUAUGCUAGAUUGUAGAAUAUUAAAAAGUUUUACAUUCAUUCUACUAUCAGUCGCGUGUUUUGUAAAUAUGUUUGUUCUUUUAGUUCCAUUUUAUUAUUUGCCUAUAUUAUUGGCUUAUGGGGGUGUUGAAUGUCAUAUGAAUUCAGUAUGGUGUCCAACAGGCCUAACAGAAGGCAAUAUAACUCAUCAUUUUGGUGUAGAUAAUAAUACAAUGAUGAAUAGCCUGCAUGCACAACUUCAGUAUAUUAAUACAUUUGACAAGAAUUAUUCAUUUGUCAGCACAGAAUUAUUAUUAUUUACAAUUAGUUGUGCUAGUAUAUUGGGUCGUUUAUUUGCAGUACGGAAACUCGAAUUGGUGCACAUUUUUGCAAAGAGUUUUACAUCAAAAUGGAGUUAUAUUCUACCACAGUGCCCAAGUUCUAUUCUUACACCAAUGUUCAUAAAACUUCAUUUCCCCUUGAUACCAUUUCCACGAUGUCACCUGUAGACACCUACGCCAUAUUCAGCACUCUGAUUGUGGGUUUGUUAUAUCCACCCUCUCAGUGCGUGUCCUAUACAUCCCUCUCUUUCCUACUUUAUAUUGUAUCUGGUAAUAUCAAAGUAGUAUAUCGUGUAUUGUCUUCGCAAAAUAUAAAUGAAUUGAUUUUUUAUAUGAAAUUAUUAAUAUUAUUAUCCUGGACCGACGCGAAGAACCUAGAAGACUUGGAUUUCGCGGAUGAUUUAGGCUUGAUGUCACACAAAAUCGAAGACUUACAAGCGAAAACCGAUAAACUGGUCGAAGAAGCAGACAGGGAAGACAGGACUCCAGGUGAACAUAGACAAGACAGAGGUGAUGAAAAUGACCAACCAACAACAACAGCAGCAAAAUCCAGCGUCAAUCACCAUCAACGAGAGGGAUUUGAAAGAGGUUACUUCAUUCACUUAUCUAGGGAGCAUUGUCUCAACUACAGACAGUCGGAACGGACGAGGAUGUUAAAUCGAGCGAGAAUCGGGAAGGCGAGCGAGAAACACAUUCAUGAACCUGAAAUCAAUCUGGAAAUCAUCGUCACUCAGCCAGCAUUAACAACAAAAUUCGGUCGGAUUUUCAAUACAAACGUAAAGUCAGUCAGUUCUUCUAUACGGAU